AUGGCAAAUCCACAAGCAGACACAAAAACCGAAGUGGUGGUAAACACAGAGGCAAAAGCAAGAACAGAACCAAAGCCAAGAACAACAACAAAGGCAAGGCUGCCUCUCAGAAUUUUCCAAAGCCACCCAAAAGCAAAGGCAUAAACAGGAACAGAGUCAAGUUUGAUUCCCAGAAUAUCGGGAAGGCCACAGGUUCUAAUAAAGGCAAAACUGGCUCCAGGAACUUUCCUCAAGCCAAAUCCGCAAAGGGCAAGGGCAGAUCCCGGGUUAAAUCCAAAAAUACUUCCAAUAGUAAAGCUGGACAAGCAAAGGCUAGGCCUAAGAAUACUGCGCAGGCUGGCAAGAAAACGGAUAAGGCUAAGGGCUCUCGAAAAGGUGACGCUAGAAGAAAAGGCAAAGCCAAGACUAAGACCAAAGGCAACGCUAGGUCUCAGAACAUUGCUAAGUCAGCAUCGAGGAGAGGAAAGCUUGGAUCGAAGAAGAUACCUAGCAAAGCAAAAUCUGGAUCCAAGAAUACCUCCAACACCAAACCUGGCAAAGGUAAAGCCGGUUCCAAGAGCAUUGCGAAGAACGGAUCAAGCCAAGGUAAGGCUGGUUCUCAAAAUGCUCCUAAGAAUAACGGCGGGAAAGGCAAAGGCACCUCUAAGAACAUUCCCAAGUCUAAGUCUGGAAUGAGCAAGGUUGGCACUAUGAAGAGCAAGUCGGGAAGUCGAGGCAACACUGGAAAAGGCAACACUCCUACUAAAGGACAAGGUGGCCCCAAGAAUACUGCUAAAGAAUCUACCAAGAAGAAAGCGGUCAAAAGCAAAGCUGGUAAAGGCAACUCUCCUGCUCAAGGCAAAAAUAGUGCUCAUAAAAAGGCUGCUAA